AUGCCUAAAAGUUUACUUGAUAUCAUCAAACAAUGGAAUACUGAUAAAUUACUAGACUUUUUGAGAAGUCAAGAAAUAAAUCUCGAUGAAGAAGAUUUCUUACUUCUGAGAAAUCAAAAAAUUUCGGGUUCAAGUUUUCCUUUACUAAAUAAAAAAGACCUACUGCGAUGUAAGCUAAAGGUUGGCCCUGUUGUAACGCUUUCAAAUUUGAUAACGGAAAUUAACACUAGAAAGCUUCCAAAUGAAAAAAUAAUUCCCGUAAUUCAAGAUGUAAAACACUUUAAAUGGAUAUACUCCAGAUAUUUUUACAUCAUUCCUUUCGAAGAGUGGUCAUUCAAUCAUUUUGAACGAUGGGUUUUGCAAAAUUAUACUGUACCGAAAAAAGAAGUUUAUACUCGAUCUUUUUUUAAAAUAAUUCGAAAAAUAAAAGAAGACCCUAGGACCUUAAAAGAGAUCAAAGAAAUAGUGUCAGUUUUGGAUAAAAAGUUAGGCAUCGUAGAUGAUAACCCUGUUGAUAAAUAUCUCGCAUAUAAAUCAAUGUUGAAGGGCAACAUCUUACCAUUUGCUGACCUAAUUUUAAAUUACCAUAAAUCCAAAUCUUUUAGAGAGUUUAAAGAUUAUAAUGAAGCUGCAUUUCAAACGGCAAUUGAAUUGCUACUUCCAACCAAACAUCGCCAACCUGAAGUGCGUCUUGUAGUUGAUGGGUCGAAAAGUUCAGGCGCAGGUCGCUUCGGAUUUAUUGACAUUUUUGUUAAUGGAGUGAAUGAAGACAGAAUGAAGUCGAGCAUAAUUAUGGAGUUAAAAUAUAUUUCUUUGGUAGGUCUUUUAAGUGGGGAAAAAGAAAAGUGGGCUGAAAAAGCAGACUACAAAUCAUUAAAGGCCUUAGAUGAUAAGAUCGAAGAAGAAGCUGAAGACGAACUAUUAAAUAGAAAAUACUUAUAUUGGUGUAAGGAAAAAAAGAAAUAUGAGCAAGUAUUAGUGAGGGGGUUAAUUCACAAUGGAAUGGAACAACUUCGUAGGUAUAUGAAAACGGUGCAGAAGGGUAGUGUUAAUAAGUAUGAUGGAUCAGGAAUUUAUGACGAUAAAAUUGAAGUAAUGAAGGGGGAAGGGUAUUUGGGAGGAGUACUUGUGGUUUCACUUGGUUCUAAACGUGUUUUAACUAGGGUAUUAAAUUUUAAAAAAAUAAAUCUAAAUUUUUCUAUCGUCUAA